AUGGAGGGUGCAUAUGCAGACGAACGGCAGCGGCGUCCACGGCGCUGGGAAAAGAGCACUGCGCGUCUUUCGCGCGGGCUGUUCUGCUGCUCGUGUUGGCCGUGUGAGGAGAGGGAUUCUCUGCAGGAGCAGGAAAUUAAGAUUAAUGGGGACCCUCAGUAUCCUCGCUUGGAUCACAAGGGAUCACGUGAAAAGGAGGCUAUCCAGAUUACAGUGGAGGAUCUGGGGAUAGUUAACACCAGCUUCAAUCUCCUUGACGAGGACCCCCUGACCCCUGAAAACAACAUGGGUCACUUAGCAAGCUCCGUGUCUGCCUGUGCAAGGGCUCUGAAAAAGAAAGGACUCAAGCCUCUGUCUUCACUCCCUAUAGAGCCUCAGACUAGAGGAGACAUCACUUCUGCCAGUAUAGAUGGUGAUGCAGAGGAGAAAGAAGACCCCCUGCUGUAUGAGAGUGGCGCUGAUAGCACUCCAAUAUCUGCAAGUCUCCUAACACCACCUGUCAUUACUCUGAUCCCACCCACUCCCUCUGAUGUUGCAGAGGAUGAUCAGUUCUUCGACAUUAAUUCAGUGGACAGUGUGGCACACACAUCUGGCAGUGAUGGAAGUUUUGCCGUCAGUGACCAGGAAUGUUACGAGGACAAGAUUGAGGGCGCGGUAGAAGAAGAAUCCGAUGAGGGACUCACAGGGACUGAGAGGGGGGACGGGGAUGAUAAUGCAGCAGAACCGGAGGAGGUCCUUAGUGAUGGGUUUGCAGAGGAAAGAGAGGCUGUGCCAACCAAAGAGAAAACAAAAGCCAGGUUCUUACGCAGUGCCUACCAGGUGGCUCCUCUCCCUGAGUGCCCCCAGAGAAGAAGAUUCAACACUGGAAUCAAUCUUUUGUCAUUUACUGAGCACAACCUGGAUGACCUGGGCAACAAAGAUGGGACGUGCGCUGAGAGGCUGAAGGCUGAACUUUGCCUGCCACUUCAUGCUGCCAACAUGGACACGCUAACUCACCAAAGGAGACACAUAACUCGCUCCUGCAGUCUUGGUGACGCGCUGACCAGGAGCACCACUUUCCAUGCCUUAACCCAUACCAUAGAGCAACACCUGGAGGAGGAGGGGUCGCCACAAAAACGACGCAUAACCAUUGCAUCUUAUGCGCCUCAGUCAAAGGAUCAGAAUGGAAACUUUGCUGAGAAGGAUGUGGACAGGCAAGUCGCCAAAUGUCUCAGAGAGCUGAACACAGAUGAACUCUGCCAUUGGUUUACUAAUAUUGGACUGCAGAAAUGUCUCCCUUUCAUCAAAGAGGCAAAACUAUGUGGCGUGGACAUCGCUUCAGUAGGCGUGAACACUUUGGACAUCCUCCAGGUCGCCACACUGGAAGAUAGAGAGCAGCUGCUGUCAGCUAUUUACAAUGAACUGCACCCUCCCAGCGCCAUGGUCCUGAGACUAGACUCGCUGCUCGAAUCCUCGCGUCCGCCUAGUGUUGAAACGUUUACUGCGACAUUGGCGUCGAUGAGCAAGUCCAAGUCUGCUCCUCAUGUGAGCCGCCUGUCUAUGAAUCGACGUUCGCUCAAACUCAGCCAGAACUACAUGGCACAGAGGAACUCUCAGUUGAUAGAGGUCACUAUUAAUGCAUCCGAGCGGAUUGUUCAUCUGAGAACCCCAAUGGAAACCACAGCAGGGAAAAUCAAGGACUCGUGUAUGAAAAUGCUGGGCAUCACAGAAGAUAAGAGUCUAUUCAUACUGAAAGAAAAGCAAGGCUCUGCAGAGGAGCUCCCAGCAGAUCAGCAGAUUGGGAGUCUACUUACUAAAACAUCAGACAAAAGGCAGUUGGAGCUGCAUCUGUGUAAAAUGGAGAAACCAACAACUACUGCCUCCCAAAACAGUCCAGAGGUAAAAAGGACCAAUGAAAAUGUAAACAUCAGCAUAAAUGUCGAGGGAAGCCAGUCUGCUAAACAGGAGAGGAUUAGGGAGCUGAACCAACAGGUGGACUCACUACAAAAUGUCAUCUUUCAGGUCCAGGAGCUUCACCACAGUCUGGUAGCAUUUUGUACAGAGUUAAAGAACAUGGAUGGAGAUUUGAAUAUAGACAGGCUUGGCUCAGAUGAGCUGAAGCAGAGGCUGGAAUCGGUCCAAAGCCAGUUGAAUGACAAGAGGCAGAGUCUGCAGAAUCUCACAGACAAUAUGGACAACUUAGCUGCUCUCAAGAACAAGCAGUUGGAGGUUGGUCUGUUGGAGAAGAUGAAGCUCAACUGCCAAGUGUUUAAGGAGGACAUUUCCAUAGUGCAUCUCAACAGGCAGGCGGCUCACCUGCAAAAAGCUUUGCAGGAAAGCAAGGACAAGGCUGAAAAGACGAGUCAGGCCAUCGGUAGCCUGAGUCAGCUGGUGUCACCGCAGUCUCCAGCCAUGCUACUGGUUGUGCAGGAGAGCCAAGGCCCUGAUGGCCAUUACGGCUUUGCAUGUUGCUACACAGAAGGCAACGGACUUGUGGUGGACAAGGUGGACAACACUCAUCUCUGUGUAGAUGACAGACUGGUGGAAGUCAACAGUGUGCCUGUAGUCAACUUCACACAGGAAGAAUUGACUGACCUCCUGCUGCAGGGACCCACCGCUCAGAUUGUUGUCCUACGCCAGCCGCCGCCCACACUCGCCUGCCUGCAGCACCUGGUCAACCCUGAUCCCAUGAAAUCAACUCGCUUGCAAAGUGAUGUGGUCGCCAUGGAAACCCCUCCCCGUCGGAAAGUGAUGGCAAUCUGAUGAUACAAUGGAGAGAAAUGAAGAAACGACCACUGAGACAGUCUUGAAUAGGGUGUAGAAUUAUGUUUUAAAAUGUCUGUAAUAAGACCAACAAUGUGAAGUACAAUAUUAUCUUCUGUAAGUUAUUUCCCUCCAGAUGUGAACAGUUUUAUUUUAUUGAUAAAAUAUCACAUAGAUCGUUUUCCAAAUGCCUGAUAUUAAUAACUAGUGACAUGGCUGUGUUUUUGUGUUUUUAUAGGUCUUUUAUCCAUUUUGAAGCAUAUGUACACUACUUUGUUCUUGUUAAAUGAUACCCGCACUGUGCAUAUUAUGUGCAGAUCCUUGCUUAUUGUGAGGAAUUGAGUAUUUCUUCAAUUUGGAACUCUACAUGUUUACUUCAUGUUUGUGGCAUGAAGUGAAAUGAAAAGAAAUAAAAAGGAACAGGAACAUAAAGCAUUGCUCGGGUGGCUAUGCUUCACCUUUUUAAAUUACAGAGGAAAUAUUGUAUGUGACAGUGUGUAGACACAUCUGCCAGCUUUGUAUAAUAUUUGCAAGCUUUCUUUUCGCGGAUUGGACUCCAAGAUCAUCUGGAACAGUGUUCAGCGCAGAACAUUUUAUAAAAAAUGAGUCAUGUCUCCUCCUCGCAUGUUGUAAUGUAAUCCACUGUGUUGCAGGAAUAAA